AACAUCAGCAGCUGAGAUAAACUUCGGGUACAUACCGGCUACACCGAAACAAAUCCGUAAAGAAGGGGAUGUGCCUGACGAAGGAGCCACCACCGCGCUGACACUCACCGAGCUUUGGCAAGAAAUUUCUCGCAACUUGUCUACUGCAGCCAAACGCCAAAAGAAACACUACGAUCUGCGCAGACGACCAUGGAAACCACUUAUCAGCGAGAAGGUACUCAAAAGAGAUCAUCCGCUCUCUUCGGCAGUAAACAGCUUCGCAUAGAAGAUUGCUCCGAAAUAUUCUGGCCCAUAUAUCGUCAGAAAAUUCAAGUCGACUAACACAGUCGAACUCGUGAACCCUAACACACCAGGCGGGCAUACCAUCCAUGUGCAUCUGCAAGACCUAAAGCAGUUGCCAACCGAAUACUAAGCUCGAGUAGCUGCUGGCGAGCUUACGGACUCCAGCUCCGAGCCACUUAUUACUAUUGUAACGCAACAAUAGCAAUGGCCAACACUAAUCCAAAUGUCCGUUUGCUCAUCUCUUUCCAGAUUCCUUCAAAAUGAAACGCGUUGUUAGCAAAAUGCCACGCGCACCGGGCAGCAGUACCAAGCGCCACCCAGAGCCAGCAGAUACGCCCACCAAUCCACGACCCUUUCAACCACCACCGGAAGCACGACCUCGUGAACGCACGGCGGCAAUCGAGGUGCAUCAAUUGCACGCCAUUAGCAUAGAUGCCACCGGGCCAGCUGCUCGAACUCGCCCGAGGUCAUCCAAACAGCUACAGGAGCACAGCGCCAGCAACCCACAACCGCGGCCGGUCAUGACAGCAACAACGCUGGAAGCAUUGCCUCGGCGAACGCCACUCAGCACAAACGCGCGGAAAAUGCCAACUACCAAAAGAGUCCCAGCGGCAUGCGAAACAACUAACGAAGCAUGUGCUACGACAGGGCUGCGCGCCGCCCAAACUUCGACGCUACUCGCAGUCCAACAAGACGCAACGAGUGCUGUCACGGCCGAAGCCAGUAACAGUAAGCAACCCGUACGGGAUGCGCACGAGGCACCAGCAACAGCAGCGACUGCCGAGGCAAACGCAUGCGUGAAUGACGAUGGGCGGCUUACCAAAAUAACCGCCACGGCACACGACGCAACGACGACACAACAACCAAUUUUCGAGACCAGCGCACGACCAGCACAACACAGCGAUAGGUAACACCCACGGGCGAAAUUCCUGGGUUUUUGGAAGGGCUGACCAUGACCCAGCAGCAUUUCAUCGGGCGCUCAACAAGAACGCUAUUCUUCCGGGGCCGGCGUCUAGCCCUGAAGAAAUUGGAGGGCGACCGCGUACUGGUGCGAUACGGCACAGGGAGUUGCGUGGUGCACCUGUAUGACUGAUGCUACCUGUGUCACACAAUACCUCGUAUAUAUAUAUAAUAUAAUAAAAAAAAACACACAUUGUACUAUAAACUAAGGCAUUAUUGUUAGUUAUAAUCAUGAAAUAUAAAACACAUGGCACCAUAAGUUAAGCGAUUAUUGUUAAGAUGCGUUGUACAUUUCACACAAUACCUGAAGUAAAUCUGCGUUACAAGUUAAGUAAUAAUAAUCAUAGGAUAUAAGACACGUUGUACGAUAGGUUAAGAAGUUGUUGAGAAAUAAAGAUCUCCACACCCGCUUCCCGUCCAUGGCACAUGCCAACCAGGACAACCAGCCAGCCUCCAGCCAAACCAUCGUGGGUGGUCGACACCACUCCGUUCACAUGCACCCAGCGAAGUACCGCCGUCCGAAGUAAGGGGGGGACUGUAACGUGGCUUUUACCACCUUACAAUAAUUUACGCCAACACUGGACAUCACCUAUUAGUCAUACCAAUGUAGUCACAUAGUCUACACUUCUGCUUUCCACUAUUGACCAAAGCUUCACACAUAGUGCUUUCCACCAUACAACUGCCACGGCACACAUAGUGCUUUCCACCAUACUAAACUUCACCUCACURUACCGACCAAAGCUGCGCCGUACUGCUAUAUAAGCAAGCACUUCGCACCGAAUGCGAUCACUUCUUACAGCAGCCAGCCAGCGGUCGGACAGCAGCAAGCAACAACAGGCAGGGGUAAGUGGUGUAGGUAGUUGAGUACGCAGUAGAAGUUUGGUAGUUUGCUGAUAUUCGCAAGCAUUGCGUUGAAAAGGUAUUACACUUCGGUGUGAUACCAGUGCUCGCAAUGCCUCCGCUUCACACGGUAGAAUUAGGUUUUCGUAGGCAUUGCGUUGAAAAGGUAUCACACAUCGGUGUGAUACCAGUGCUCGCAAUGCCUCCGCUUCACACAAUAGAAUUAGGUAUUUCGCAGGCAUUGCGUUGAAAAGGUAUUACACCUCGGUGUGAUACCAGUACUCGCAAUGCCUCCACCGUAUCACGUAAUUGAUGUCUUCGUAGUGCACGCCCGUAGUCUUCGUUGCGCUACGAUACAGUGACAUCACAGCUGCGACAUCACAGCGUCACGAGCGCAACCCGCACACUAGUGCACCGACUAUACCUGCGCUGCCUGGAACAGCGUCAGUAACCCUGCUUGCACACGAUAGUGCACCGUUACCUGACUAACGCGAUAAACAGGCGACUCGCAGGAGAACGCGUAAACGCUGCACUGUGCCGUUCAGUCAGCACCGCAUCUGAAAGUGACUGCUCUUCACAUUGCUGCCGAAGGAUCACCACCUUGCAGGGAUCCCGUAAACGCUGCACUGUGCCGUACAGUCAGCACCGCGUCUGAAAGUAACUGCUCCUCACCACACAUCGAUACUUCACCUAUCUCGCGAUAUACAUAUAAGCUGGUCUGGCUGUCCACAUAAGGGGUGUGGAUUUCAUCACACAAAGUGAACAUUUUAUUUGCUAAGGGUUCAUGGGUCCCAAGGCUGACCCUGGAGCGACUGAGCAUACUUCAGCUGUAGACGAAACCCCAUUACAAAGUAGGAUCUACAGAUCCACGUGAAAAGCAAAUCGUUUUACAUAUUUUAAGGUUCAGCGGCAUAUCAUUUCUAACACACCAAGAAACAAGGUUGUUUAAGCCUAUUUGCAACUGAGACUUUCACUAUUUAAAGAAUGGUAUGAUUUAAAAAGUAUUACAUCGUCAGGAUAUAAUAAAACUCUUGAAUACUUAAUAAAAGAUGAUAUGUCAUUCAUAAAUAACAAGAA